CCGCAGCUGAACCGAGGCUCGAAGCAAGGGUGUGCGCGUGCGCGGUGCCGAGCGGUGGGCGAGCCGCAGCGCUAGCAGUUCGGCGUUUACGUAAGGCACGAGAGCCAACCGGCCGACGCUGGAACGGAUGCUGGCGGCAGGCUGCGACCCAGGCCUGGGUCAGUGAGGAGCCCUCGGGCCUGCUCGGCCAGUGCCGCUUUUCUUCUCAUACGCUGCGCUAGUUUGGAACCGGCCGGUGUGCGAGUCGAGGCCCAGGCUGGGUGUGAGCUUCUGCACUGCGCCUCGCUGGCUGAGGUGAACGACAGCCCUUUGACCACAGAACCACAAGGAUUAAGGGACAUAAAAGGUUUCCUAUCAGAGAUGUUCCUCUGUAAUAAUGCUGGAGUUAAGAAGUCUUUGUUCCUUUGCUGCAUAUCAGAGCAAUUUCUCUGCAUACAGAACUGGAGUAAUAUUUACAAACAGCUGUCAAAUUGAAGAUUGCAGUGGCCUAAGCUCUGUACUGAAGUAACAUUGAUUGGACUGCAAGUACUAGUUUGGGAUAACCCAAGUCUGUUACUGGAACCAUGAAAGUUCUGUUGGUAUUUGACUUUGACAAUACAAUCAUAGAUGACAACAGUGACACCUGGAUUGUACAGUGUGCUCCAGAGAAAAAGCUUCCCAUUGAGCUACAAGACUCUUAUCAAAAGGGGCUUUGGACAGAAUUUAUGGGCAGAGUCUUUAAGUAUUUGAGAGAUGAGGGGGUAAAAGAAGAUGAACUGAAGAGGGCCGUGACGUCACUGCCCUUCACCUCAGGGAUGGUAGAACUUCUCAGCUUUCUGAGGAUGAACAAGGACAGAUUUGACUGCAUCAUCAUUUCGGAUUCAAAUUCCGUCUUCAUAGACUGGGUUUUAGAAGCUGCUGCUUUUCAUGAUGUCUUUGAUAACGUGUUUACCAAUCCAGCGUCUUUUGAUAAUAAUGGUCGUCUCACAGUGAAAAAUUGCCACGCUCAUUCGUGCACUAGGUGCCCAAAGAAUCUUUGCAAAAAUACAGUUUUGGAAGAAUUUGUAGCUAAACAGUUACAGAAGGGCGUGAGGUAUACACGGAUUGUUUAUAUAGGCGAUGGUGGAAAUGAUGUCUGCCCAGUAACUUUUUUAAAGAAAAAUGAUGUUGCCAUGCCACGGGAAGGAUAUACUUUACAUAGAACUCUCGCCAAAAUGUCUCAAAAUCUUGAGCCUAUGGAAUCUUCUAUUGUAGUUUGGUCUUCAGGUGUUGAAAUAAUUUCUCAUUUACAGUUUCUAAUAAAGAUGUGAUGUGCCAACAAUUGAAAUGUGUAUUAGUUAAGGUCAGGCUCAGCAACAUAAAACUAAAUUCCCAAUAUUAGUAUCUUUAAAAAUGUGAGAGGUUUUCCUCUUUACAGAAUUCUGGUGGUAUGUCAAGGCCGCCUUGUGCUCCACCAGCCUCAGCUUUGGGUUUUAACCCAUGGUGUGAAAUUGAUAUCCAAAGCUCAAGUCCUCACAACAGACAUUGAGACCAGCAAGAACCAGGGAAGUAGGAUUUUUACCCUUUGUUCAAGAGUGUUUUCCAAUUGUACCGAACAGUUCUGUUUGAAUGCCACCAGCCAAAACCUGGUCAGAGCCUUCUCUAACUGCAAAGACGGGAGAUGCAGCUUUCAUUACAGGUGAUCACAUGUCCAGGAAAAAGUGGAAAAACAAAAUACAUAAUUGAGGUUACAUAAUUGAGGUAUGUGGAACUCAUAGUCUAUGCUAAGGAUGGUUAAUAGAUUCUUUUUUUUUUAUUUCUGAAGAAAGUGGCUUUAUUUUACUCUUAUUUCAAAAAUAGAUGCAAUAGUUACAAAUGUUGAAAGUAGCUGAUGAGCUCUCUUCUGCUGUCAGCAAAUAAGUGUGUUCAGCUCCACCCACAGCCAGCUGCUAUGACUGAGGAAGGCAUGUUUGCUGGAGGUGUGAUGGAUGCUAAUACUGCCUAGCAGGAGCGGUGAAGACUGCUUUUGUCCAAGAGGGCCCAGCAUGGCGAUCAUGCAGGGCUGCCAAAGCCUUAGGCAGGUGCAUGCUUGAGCCCAGCUGGGAUGAGCCUGUGUGUGUCAGGUUGGUGGAGGAGCUCUGUGCUGAGCAUGAAGAUCAACCUAAUCAGGCAUCUGAGAGCGGGAGAGGGAACCCUGUAAAGUUGGCUGUCGUGUGCUAAGGAUGCCAAGUGGAGACGACUUCAAAUGCAAGAAAUAAAACUGGCUUUAUUUUCUCAACAACAAAAAGCCCGAUACAUUCUUCACAUAAGAAUAAAAGGCUCUCAAAUGUAUAAGUAUUCUGAAAUCUGUUUUUAAAACAAGGGUGCAGUAUUUUACAUCUUGUGUGGGGUUGAGGCAUGCCAUGAUAUAUGUGUGGAGGUCAGAAGACGGCUUACGGAAGUCGGCUCUCAUUCCACUGUGUGGGUCCCGCAAUCAAACUCAGGUCAUCAGCCUCGGUGUCAAGUGCCCUUCGCUGCUGAGCCAGCUAACCAGCCCAUGAAGCAGUAUUUCUUGUUAGGUUUCAUCAGUCGGGAUUUCCUUUUGAAAUAAAAUAUAUUAAUUUUCCUCA